ACAAACCACGUGGUUUUGUUAUUACAGGAAGUGAAGAUGGCCGCUCAGUCCUUUCUCUCCGAGUCGGCUCUCGGCUGGUCUAUUUUCACCUUUGUACUUUUGGUCAUCCUCGCUUUCUGUUGGGUCUACAUUCGCAAAUUUCAAAGUCGUCAAGAAAGCGAAGUUGUUUCAACCAUCACAGCAAUAUGCGCACUGGCCAUUGCACUAAUAUCUUCAGCACUUCUACCAGUGGAUAUUUUCCUUGUCUCCUUCAUGAAGUACCCAAAUGGCACAUACAAGGAAUGGGCAGCAAACAAUGAGACAAGAGCACAGAUUGAGGACACAGUCCUGUAUGGAUAUUACACACUCUACUCCAUCAUUCUGUUCUGCGUCUUUUUAUGGAUCCCUUUUGUUUAUUUCUACUAUGAAGAAAGAGAUGAUGAAAACGUCAACACAUGCUCGCAAGUCAAAAACGCUCUGAAGUACACAGUUGGAUUUGCCAUUGUCUGUGUGGCGCUGCUAUUAAUUGGAGCAUUUGUUCCACUUGAGCCUCCACCGCAAAAGAAUGCCACCCAGUGGGAGAAAGUUCAAUACCUUUUUGAAGAGCUAGGCAGUGGCCAUGGUCUAACUGCUCUGGCUUUCUCCAUCAGCUCCUUGACCUUGAUUGGGAUGCUGGCAGUGAUCACUUACACAGCAUACGGUAUGUCUGUGUUGCCUUUGAAUCUGAUAAAAGGCACACGGAGUGUGGCUUAUGAACGCCUGGAGAACACAGAAGACAUUGAUGAUGUCGAGCAUCAGAUCGAGAAGCUGAAAUCCAAGUGUAAAGAUGGCCGCCCCUUGUCAUCAAGAGACAGAAACAACCUGCAGGAGCUGGAAGACAAGCUGCAGGUUCUCCGACGCAGAGGGAGGCACCUGGAAAUUGCAGAGAGGACCUGCUGCAACAAAGUCGGCAGCGCUCUUAGACCUUUCAAGAUAAUAUUGGGCAUUUUCUUCAUCCUGGUUGCUUUGCUGUUCACUGUUGCCCUGUUCAUUUCAAAUUUGGAUAAAGCUCUGCACUCUGCUGGAAUCAGCUCUGGAUUCAUAGUCUUUGGUACCAAUCUAACCAAUCCUUUGAAUGAACUUCUAUUAACCUUACAACCUGUUUUUCCGUUGGAUUACAUCCUGAUUACAGUCAUCACAAUGUAUUUUGUCCUCACGUCCAUGGCUGGUAUUCGCAACAUGGGUAUCUGGUUCUUCUGGAUAAGGCUCUACAAAAUUCGGCCUAAAAAAACCCGUCCACAGGCUCUCCUCUUCCUCUGCAUGAUUCUUCUGUUGAUUGUUCUCCAUACCAGCUACAUGAUCUACAGUCUUGCCCCUCAGUACGUCAUGUAUGGCAGCCAGAAAUAUCUCUUACAGAAUCCGUCAUCAGGCCUUAAGUCGGGGAAUGCUUCUUUUGGCACGACAAGGGUCUGUGAUGCCGACGCGCCCGAGGACCAGUGCAUUGUGACAAGAUCCUACCUUUUCCUUCACAAGUUUUGGUUCUUCAGUACCAUCUACUACUUUGGUAACUGGGCCUUUAUUGGGGUGUUCCUCAUCGGGCUCGUGGUGUCGUGCUGCCGAGGGAAGAAGUCUGUGAUUGAAGGCGAGGUGGAGGCCGAUGACUCAGACGUCAGCGAUGAUGAAUAUGUGCACUGAGGUUCAAUAUUCUAACACGCACACACACAGCACAUCUCGCCAUAACUUAAAGGAGGAAGCUUCUAAGUACACUUUGGCGUGUCAUUAAUUCCUCCUCUGUUUGUUAUUGUGCUUCGAAACAAUAUUACCAUAGAUUUAAAAUUAGCAUUUGUCAUUUGCCGAGUACUUUCAAGAACAGGGUUUGCUGAAGUUUUUCAACUCAAGACUCAAAUGUACACAGUGCAUCGCUAUCCCGUGGGUAUAUAUUUAAACUCACUUGCACACUUUAGUACAUUAAAGGGGAACAUUAUCACCAGACCUAUGUAAGCGUCAAUAUAUACCUUGAUGUUGCAGAAAAAAGACCAUAUAUUUUUUUAACCGAUUUCCGAACUCUAAAUGGGUGAAUUUUGGCGAAUUAAACGCCUUUCUAAUAUUCGCUCUCGGUGCGAUGACGUCACAAUGUGACGUCGCAUCAGGAAGCAAUCCGCCAUUUUCUCAAACACCGAGUCAAAUCAGCUCUGUUAUUUUCCGUUUUUUUCGACUGUUUUCCGUACCUUGGAGACAUCAUGCCUCGUCGGUGUGUUGUCGGAGGGUGUAACAACACGAACAGGGACGGAUUCAAGUUGCACCAGUGGCCCAAAGAUGCGAAAGUGGCAAGAAAUUGGACGUUUGUUCCGCACACUUUACCGACGAAAGCUAUGCUACGACAGAGAUGGCAAGAAUGUGUGGAUAUCCUGCGACACUCAAAGCAGAUGCAUUUCCAACGAUAAAGUCAAAGAAAUCUGCCGCCAGACCUCCAUUGAAUCUGGCGGAGUGUGUGAGCAAUUCAGGGACAAAGGACCUCGGUAGCACGGCAAGCAAUGGCGGCAGUUUGUUCCCGCAGACGAGCGAGCUAAACCCCCUGGAUGUCUUGGCUCACACCGUCCCGAAGAUGAUCAAGAGAAGAAUAUCGACCCUAGCUUCCCUGGCCUGCUGACAUGAGGGUAUGUCUACAGAAUAUAUUAAUUGAUGAAAAUUGGGCUGUCUGCACUCUCAAAGUGCAUGUUGUUGCCAAAUGUAUUUCAUAUGCUGUAAACCUAGUUCAUAGUUGUUAGUUUCCUUUAAUGCCAAACAAACACAUACCAAUCGUUGGUUAGAAGGCGAUCGCCGAAUUCGUCCUCGCUUUCUCCCGUGUCGCUGGCUGUCGUGUCGUUUUCGUCGGUUUCGCUUGCAUACGGUUCAAACCGAUAUGGCUCAAUAGCUUCAGUUUCUUCUUCAAUUUCGUUUAUGCUACCUGCCUCCACACUACAACCAUCCGUUUCAAUACAUGCGUAAUCUGUUGAAUCGCUUAAGCCGCUGAAAUCCGAGUCUGAAUCCGAGCUAAUGUCGCUAUAGCUUGCUGUUCUUUCCGCCAUGUUUGUUUGUGUUGGCUUCACUAUGUGACGUCACAGGAAAAUGGACGGGUGGUUAAAAUCAGGCACUUUGAAGCUUUUUUUAGGGAUAUUGCGUGAUGGGUAAAAUUUUGAAAAAAACUUUGAAAAAUAUAAUAAGCCACUGGGAACUGAUUUUUAAUGGUUUUAACAAUUCUGAAAUUGUGAUAAUGUUCCCCUUUAAACAUGAAUUGAUGAAUGCUUUAAAAAGAAAUAGGGAGGCUGCUACCUUUUAAAUAAUGCCUCAUGCGUUCUAAUAACCCUUUCAAAAACCGAAUAGUCAUGUGACUUUUUCUUUAACUGCUGUAAGAAAAGUGUAUUUUUAAAAUGUGAAUGAAAUACUGUACAUUGGUAUUUAAUCGCUCCUCUUUAAUGGAAAGUAUUAUGCAUGUCAUAUUACAACGUGCCCAUUUUACGUUUCAUAUUUCAUGAACUUGGUCUCGUAACAGGAGAAGAAAAAUCAAGAAUAUUCCCUAAGUUUAUUGCACUGAAUGUCUUCAUCUUUUUAUUAUGAUUUUAUUCCAUUCAAAGCAAAUAGUGCAUCCUUGUAAUGUACAAAAAAGGGCAGCCACUCAUUGAGUUACUACAUAAAUUAUGAUCAUGAUGGGAAAGUGCCUGAUGAAUAUAAAUGCAAUGAUGGGCACAUAAGCUGUUUUCUUUAAGAGAAAUGAUCCAAAUGAUGAUAAUAUUGUGUAUUUAGCAUUAAACGGUACAUAUAUUUAAAGAAAUAAAUUCUUCUGAAAAUAUAAUUUAAAAUGUUUUUGUGUGUUUUAUUUAGUUCUUAAAGCUUUGAGGUGUACUUAAUGCAUUGGCCGGUUUAUAUAUAUCCUGUGUGGGCUAAAUAAUGAAGUGCAGAUCCACUUAACGAGGAUAUGUAUGAAAGUGAAAGUGACAUCCCUGGAUUAGCGCCUAUAAACACUCAACACGCUUAUAGAUUAGCAUUAAAUGUACUUUCUUUGUUCAGUAAGUGUUUGCAGCGUACGUACCUCGGAACUCAUAUAGAACCACGCUCGCUCAUUAAGACGCCGCCUUCGCUUACUUGCUAAUAAACUACAAACAAGUCAGGAGCCAAACAAACAAACAAAAAGGACAUGGCCUUCCUGCAUCAUUUUAAAGGUCAAUUCUUAGUGAAACUGAAGGAGUCUGUGGAUGUUCUCAUUCAUCG